CUCACGCUUCUUCCCCUCCCCCUGCUCCCUUUUCCGUUUGGUUUCGUUCUUUCCUACAGAGGCCGACCCCUGAGUCGUGAGUCUGGUUGAGGACAACAGUAUGUCCUCCCUCCCUGGGUGCAUUGGUUUGGAUGCAGCAACAGCUGCAGUGGAGUCUGAAGAGAUUGCAGAGCUGCAACAAGCAGUGGUUGAGGAGCUGGGUAUAUCUAUGGAGGAACUUCGGCAGUUCAUUGAUGAAGAACUGGAAAAGAUGGACUGUAUACAGCAGCGCAAGAAGCAACUAGCAGAGUUGGAGACAUGGGUAAUACAGAAGGAAUCUGAGGUGGCCCAUGUUGACCAGCUGUUUGAUGAUGCAUCCAGGGCAGUGACUAAUUGUGAGUCUUUGGUGAAGGACUUUUACUCCAAACUGGGACUACAGUACCGGGACAGUAGUUCUGAAGAUGAAGCUUCCCGGCCUACAGAAAUAAUUGAGAUUCCUGAUGAAGACGAUGAUGUCCUCAGUAUUGAUUCAGGUGAUGCUGGGAGCAGAACUCCAAAAGACCAGAAGCUCCGUGAAGCUAUGGCUGCCUUAAGAAAGUCAGCUCAAGAUGUCCAGAAGUUCAUGGAUGCUGUCAACAAGAAGAGCAGUUCCCAGGAUCUACACAAAGGAACCUUGAGUCAAAUGUCUGGAGAAUUGAGUAAAGAUGGUGACCUGGUGGUUAGCAUGCGCAUUCUGGGCAAGAAGAGAACUAAGACGUGGCACAAAGGCACCCUUAUUGCCAUCCAGACGGUUGGGCCAGGGAAGAAGUACAAGGUGAAAUUUGACAACAAAGGAAAGAGUCUUCUGUCAGGGAACCAUAUUGCCUAUGAUUACCACCCUCCUGCUGACAAGCUGUAUGUGGGCAGUCGAGUAGUGGCCAAAUACAAAGAUGGGAAUCAGGUCUGGCUCUACGCUGGCAUUGUAGCUGAGACACCAAACGUCAAAAACAAGCUCAGGUUUCUCAUUUUCUUUGAUGACGGCUACGCUUCCUAUGUUACACAGUCUGAACUGUAUCCCAUUUGCCGGCCACUGAAAAAGACUUGGGAGGACAUAGAAGACAUCUCCUGCCGAGACUUCAUAGAGGAGUAUAUCACUGCUUACCCCAACCGCCCCAUGGUUUUGCUCAAGAGUGGACAGCUUAUCAAGACUGAGUGGGAAGGCACGUGGUGGAAGUCCCGAGUUGAGGAGGUGGACGGCAGCCUAGUCAGGAUCCUCUUCCUGGAUGACAAAAGAUGUGAAUGGAUCUAUCGAGGCUCUACACGGCUGGAGCCCAUGUUCAGCAUGAAGACAUCCUCAGCCUCUACGCUAGAGAAGAAGCAAGGCGGACAGCUCAGGACACGUCCAAAUAUGGGUGCUGUGAGGAGCAAAGGUCCCGUGGUCCAGUACACUCAGGAUCUGACCAGUACUGGAACCCAGUUCAAGCCAGUGGAGCCCCCUCAGCCUACAGCUCCACCUGCCCCACUUGCCCCACCUGCCCCACCUGGUCCACCUCUGUCCCCCCAGGCAGGUGACAGUGAAAGCUUGGAAAGCCAGCUUGCCCAAUCUCGGAAGCAGGUAGCCAAAAAAAGCACAUCCUUCCGGCCAGGAUCUGUGGGCUCUGGUCAUUCCUCCCCUACAUCGCCUGCACUCAGUGAAAAUGCUCCUGGUGGGAAACCUGGGAUCAGUCAGACACAUAGAUCACCUUUAGGAUCCACAACCUCUGCUCCAGCACCCCCAGCACCCCCAGCUCCCCCAGCACCCCCAGCCUUCCAUGGCAUGCUGGAGCGGGCCCCGGCAGAGCCCUCCUACCGCGCCCCUAUGGAGAAGCUUUUCUACUUACCUCAUGUCUGCAGCUAUACUUGUCUGUCUCGAGUCAGACCUAUGAGAAAUGAGCAGUAUCGGGGCAAGAACCCUCUCCUAGUCCCACUACUGUAUGACUUCCGGCGGAUGACAGCCCGGCGCCGAGUUAACCGCAAGAUGGGCUUUCAUGUUAUCUAUAAGACACCCUGUGGCCUCUGCCUUCGGACAAUGCAAGAGAUUGAGCGCUACCUUUUUGAGACAGGCUGUGACUUCCUCUUCCUGGAGAUGUUCUGUUUGGAUCCAUAUGUUCUUGUGGACCGAAAGUUUCAGCCCUAUAAGCCUUUUUACUAUAUUUUGGACAUCACCUAUGGGAAGGAAGAUGUUCCUCUGUCCUGUGUCAAUGAGAUUGACACAACUCCCCCACCUCAGGUGGCCUACAGCAAGGAACGAAUCCCGGGCAAGGGUGUUUUCAUUAACACAGGCGCUGAAUUUCUGGUUGGCUGUGACUGCAAAGAUGGGUGCCGGGACAAGUCCAAGUGUACCUGCCAUCAGCUAACUGUCCAGGCUACAGCCUGCACCCCAGGCGGCCAAAUCAACUCUAACUCUGGCUACCAGUACAAGAGACUAGAAGAGUGUCUUCCCACAGGAGUUUAUGAGUGUAACAAACGCUGCAAUUGUGACCCAAACAUGUGCACAAACCGGUUGGUGCAGCAUGGACUGCAGGUUCGACUGCAGCUCUUCAAGACCCAGAACAAGGGCUGGGGUAUCCGCUGCUUGGAUGACAUUGCCAAAGGCUCCUUUGUCUGUAUCUAUGCAGGCAAAAUCCUGACAGAUGACUUUGCCGACAAGGAGGGCCUGGAAAUGGGUGAUGAAUAUUUUGCCAAUCUGGACCAUAUCGAGAGCGUGGAGAACUUCAAGGAAGGUUAUGAGAGUGAUGUCCCCUGUUCCUCUGACAGCAGUGGUGUAGACUUGAAGGACCAGGAAGAUGGCAACAGCGGUACAGAGGACCCCGAAGAGUCCAAUGACGAUAGCUCAGAUGAUAACUUCUGUAAGGAUGAGGACUUCAGCACCAGCUCGGUGUGGCGCAGCUAUGCUACCCGGCGGCAGACCCGGGGCCAGAAGGAGAAUGGAUUGUCUGAGAUGCCUUCCAAGGACUCUCGCCCCCCAGACCUUGGGCCCCCACGUGUUCCUGUCCCUCCGUCAAUCCCUGUAGGUGGCUGCAAUCCACCUUCCUCUGAAGAGACACCCAAGAACAAAGUGGCCUCGUGGUUGAGCUGCAAUAGUGUCAGUGAAGGUGGCUUUGCUGACUCUGAUAGCCGUUCAUCCUUCAAAACUAGUGAAGGUGGGGAAGGUCACGCUGGGGGAGGCAGAGGGGAGGCUGAGAAGGCUUCCACCUCAGGGCUGGGCUUCAAGGAUGAGGGUGACAUCAAGCAGCCCAAGAAAGAGGACCCUGAUGACCGGAACAAGAUGUCAGUAGUUACUGAAAGCUCUCGAAAUUAUGGUUACAAUCCUUCUCCCGUGAAGACUGAAGGACUUCGCCGCCCACCAAGUAAGACUAGCAUGCAUCAGAGCCGACGACUCAUGGCCUCUGCUCAGUCAAACCCUGACGACAUCCUGACACUGUCCAGCAGCACAGAAAGUGAGGGGGAAAGCGGGACCAGCCGAAAGCCCACUGCUGGUCAGACUUCAGCCACAGCCGUUGACAGUGAUGAUAUCCAGACCAUCUCCUCUGGCUCUGAAGGGGAUGACUUUGAGGACAAGAAGAACAUGUCUGGUCCAAUGAAGCGCCAAGUGGCAGUAAAAUCAACCCGGGGUUUUGCUCUUAAAUCAACCCAUGGGAUUGCCAUUAAAUCAACCAACAUGGCAUCCGUGGAAAAGGGAGAGAGUGCACCUGUUCGAAAGAACACACGCCAAUUCUACGAUGGGGAGGAGUCUUGCUACAUCAUCGAUGCCAAGCUUGAAGGCAACCUGGGCCGCUACCUCAAUCACAGCUGCAGCCCCAACCUGUUUGUCCAGAAUGUCUUCGUGGAUACUCAUGAUCUUCGCUUCCCGUGGGUGGCCUUCUUUGCCAGCAAGAGAAUCCGGGCUGGGACAGAACUCACCUGGGACUACAACUACGAGGUGGGCAGCGUGGAGGGCAAGGAGCUGCUUUGCUGCUGUGGGGCCAUCGAAUGCAGAGGGCGUCUUCUUUAGAGGACAGCCUUCUUCCUAACCUUCCGAACCCUUCCUGAACUGCCCUUUCCUCAGGAACUGGGUCUUCCUGACUGUUGAAUUCUGACCCCCAGGUCUCUAGUCUGGCUACUCCCCCAGCUCCUAGUAGAUAGAAAUGGGGGUUCUGGAUCAGGAGAUCCCUUCCACUGUGGUGCUAGCAGGCAGGGCCCCUCCCCCACCUCCUGAGGCAUAGAGGUGGGAGAGGUCACCACUCUAACCUAGGCCUGACAUCCCUUCAGUCCUCCUGUUGCUCACCCCUCCCAUCCUACAUUUGUUCAGGUGUUCAUGCUUCUAACAGACUUUAUUCCUAGAAUGAGGGCUGUGUAUUUUAUUAUCCCUGGUUUGUAUUGUUUCUUGAAAGUCUUUUAACAAGAUGUUAAAACUAA